AUGACUCCGCUGGGCGCUUAUCCGUUACCGCGCUUGGCCUGCCUGCUUGUCUAUUCUGUGUACCGUGACCAGGAUCCUGCAUUCUUGAUACACACCGCUUCCGGGACCAUUUCGGGAUCAAAGAGGAGAUAUAACCACAUUGUAUCCGUAAUUGUCGAGUCCAACGCAGUGUAUUCCCUGGUGCUUCUCGUUGAAGCAAUCAUCACCGUUGUCCCGGGAUUUUCAAUUAUCGAAUCACCCGCUUGGCCGGUGUCAGAGUUUAUUGACACGAUUCUGUUCACGGUAACGGGAUUGAUACCGACAGUCAUGAUUGCCAGGCUCGCGCUCACCAGCUCCGAAAAUAGCGACUCAUCCGGAAUCAUAACUCAUGUCUCUGCCCUCGAUUUCAGCCCAGAUAAAGGCAGCACCCGAAACGUGGAUGCCCUGAGUGCGAGCGGUGAAAUUAUGAACUCCUCUCACUCUGUGCAUGGAAAAAGCCAGCACGAAAUUUUAAUGAUUGGGUCGGAGAAGAAGCCUGACGACAGUCAGGUUUAA